CCACUGCUGUCUGUCUGUUUCUCUGCUCUUCACACAGUAAACCAGGGGAAGUUCCCAAAGCAGGAGGACUCGUACGCGUUCGAGGAGGACAGCAGCAGCGAGAGUCUGUCUCCGGAGCAGCACCACAGUGACGAGUCCCAGGGUUCAGUGUGUCCUUCGUCCGAUGCAGUGGGCAGCACACCAUCCUCGUCCUCCUCGCCUGCCCUCACCAGUACCCCACAGGGAGGUGCAACCAGAGACCCAACAGAACAAAGUCAGGAUGAAGGACUGUCCAGCGCCAACAACAGCCUGGCCACUCCCCCAAUACCUGUCCCAGCUAUCGUCAAGUCCAAGACGUCGGACAAGAACCGGCACAAGAAACCCAAAGAUGUGAAGCCCAAAGUAAAGAAGCUCAAGUACCACCAGUACAUUCCUCCUGACCAGAAGGCAGAGAAGUCCCCUCCACCCAUGGAUUCGGCCUACGCUCGCCUCCUGCAGCAGCAGCAGCAGCAGCUCUUCCUGCAGCUGCAGAUCCUCAGCCAGCAGAAACACUCGCACACACACUCACAGAGUCAGCAGCAGCAGCAGCAGCAUGCACACACUCUGCAGGUCCAGCAGAGGCAGCCGGCGUUCAGCUACCAGCCUCACCCGCAGGUCCACACCCAGAAAGGAUCCAGUGAGCAGAUAUCGGUGUGCGGCUCCAGUGGUCCGUCCAGCGCGGUCAACAGCAACUCCUCCUCUCCAGUGAAGAGCACACAUCCCAACCAAAGCAACAUCUCAGCUGUCAAACCUGGCUCACUGCCGGCCAAUCUGGAUGACCUGAAAGUUUCAGAGCUCAGGCAGCACCUUCGUAUCCGCGGCAUGCCUGUCUCAGGCACCAAGACCACCCUCAUCGAGAGACUCCGACCCUUCAAGGACUCCAACACUGGCUCCUCGCCGUCAGGCUCCUCUGACAUCACUACAGUGACCUUCCCCAUCACACCCACAGGGUCCUUGUCCUCCUACCAGUCCCCGUCCUCCUCCAGUGCCUUAUCUCAGGGAGGCUACUACCCGUACCCGAGCACUUCCUCCACCCCUCCCAUCUCUCCGGCCUCCUCGGAACUCUCCCUCAGCGGCUCGCUCCCCGACAGCUUUAGCGACGUCCCCAUGUCCUCGCCGACGCAGUUCGGCCUGCAGCCGUCGCCGGCGCAGCUGAGCAUGGAGGACGGCGGAGCACAGAGCGUUGGGAACGUGGACGGCAUGGAAGCGGAAAAAGAUAAAAUGCUGGUGGAAAAGCAGAAGGUGAUCGAGGAGCUGACGUGGAAGCUGCACCAGGAGCAGAGACAGGUUGAAGAGCUGAAGAUGCAGCUCCACAACAGGAAACGCUGCUACGGAGCAACGCAGGACGCUGUCCCGCCUCCAUCUCACCCGUCCAUGCACCGUCAGCAGACUCCAGCCAUGAUGAGCCAACACUUCUUUGGCGUGACCAUCAAGCAGGAGCCCAUGUCCCUGUCUACUAGCUGUCCUCUGUCCUCUCCAAAACAGUUGAAGAGUCCUCCCACAAGCUGCGUGGAGGACGUGGGACACUGCAACAUGUCCAUGCCGUGUAUGGACACUGCCCCGUCCUCCGGUGGCCCCCCCACCGUGUCUGCCUUCCUGAGUCCAGAGUGCUCACCCACAGAAUCGCCAAAUGGAAAGACCUCCAGAAGUCCUCAACCACCAUCCCCUAAUAACCCCUACCUGCUAUCGCCUCACCCCCACACCCCGGGCAACAAUCGAGCAUCCAACAUGCAGAUGCAGCAGAAGAGCGGUGGACAGACGGUGAACUGCUCUUACGCCUCUGACCACAGGGUUCUUCAGGGAGACUUUCCCUCCUCGGCCGACUGUGGCCUGAACCACAGCGGCUCAGUCAAAGCCGAGAACCACAACAUGCAGACAAAGAUGUCAGUAUUGCCCUCUCCUCGGCAUGUUGACCAUAAAAGCCAGGUCUCUUCCCCUGCCUUCAGUAGCUCAGAUUCAGAUGCAUCUGACUUAAGACAGCCCCCGUGCUAUGAGGAUGCAGUGAAGCAGCAACUGACCAGAAGUCAGCAGAUGGACGAACUUUUGGACGUUCUCAUAGAGAGUGGAGGGUGUCCCGGCCUCCUCAUCCCGAGGUGCCACCGCCACUACGAGCACCAGUACCCCAACCAGCACCACUACGAGCACUCGGCCAAUCACAGCGCCGAGAGCCACCUGGAUACUUUGCUUGUGGGUCAGAUCGGCCGCGGCGCAGAGGCGGCCAUCCCAAAGAUGGCUGCCGACGACGACGGGCACAGAGAGGGCGACGGGUACGGCAGCCCACACAACCACAACCACCACCACCACCACCACCACCUACCGCACCCCCAACAGGACAAACACGUGACCAGCACCAGCAGGGAGCAGAUGGACACGCCUCUGUCGCCCGUCAGUGCCAAGGCAUCCGCCUUCCCUGACGUGAUGGGGAUGGUAAACAUGGCGUUCAGCGAGACGCCGUGGGAGACGAUGGAGUGGCUGGACCUGAUGCCGCCAAACUCGGCCGCGGCCUUCAGUGUCCCGCCGCCGGGGGGCGUCUUUAACGCAGAGUUCCUGGACGCCACGGACAUUAACUUGCACUCUGCCAUGGACCUUCACCUGGACCACUGGUGAAAGCAACAGCACCGACCAGGUGCUCGCUAACAAUUAGCUCUUUUUUUUGGUGCAUGUGAUGACUCAGGUUUUCUGAGGUGUGGUUGGAUGAAGUGGAGAUUAUUUUGUGUCCGAUACUAAUAUUUCCUUAUAUUUCUACUGAUUCUGCUAAAUUUAGAAGUCCAAUAAACUAUUUUACUGAUUAACAUCAACUUAGCCUUAAUAACACAUCUGUACUAAGGCCUGUUCAACAUCUAAUGUGGUUUUGACCGUUAUCGCCGAACACCAACACUCAUUAUUGUAUCUGCUAGCAGGGGACACUAGAAAGAACCGAUUUUAGCCUAAUAACACCGAAUAAAAUAAUAUGCUUUACAUCACUUUACAUCACAGCAUACAGGAAUUACUGACUCACUGCUGCCUCCAUCAGUGAGUUCAAAUGUCCAAACUUCUG